UGUACUUCCGUUUAUUACAGCCCACUGUUUCCUAAAGUAUAUUUACCGUCGUUUGCAUACUUUAAUGAGCCCUCAAUGCAGAGUUUAGUUUUUAAUUAAACACAGGACAACAGUUGCAGGGACAAUGUCUCGCUGCGUUGCGUUACAGACGCAUCUGGCGUCCGUGGUGGAGGCGUUAGUUCACGCCGCGAUCGCUGAAAUGUGCAAACUUAUGAAAGAGGAGACGCUGUCAUUUUUGAGCGGUGAUAUUUCUAGAGCGCACUGUGAAAACGAGGACGUUGAGUCAAGAAUGAAGAUGGAAAAGGAAGAGAGAAUAAAGCAGUUUGCAUCUGUCAUGGAGGUACUGGGUAACGAGGCUCUUGGGAAAAUAAUCAAACUCGUUGAUGAAACCAAAUUUCUGUUGGAUUUGGAGUGCAAAACAUUUUCAGGCAAGAGGGCAAAGCGGCCUGGCAGCAUCUUGAAUAUUCUGUCUGUUGGAGGACUUGAGGAGGAACAUUCUUACGAUGGAAGUGCGAGAAGCCUGGAAACAAGAACAAGAAAUGAGUCUGAUGAGGCUGUAGAAGAGCGUCCAGAAUCCCCACUGACGCUAGCUGUGACGAUCAAAAAUGAAUUUGGAAAAGUUGACUUGAAGUCCAUCACUACUGGUCACUUAAACGCUUCUCCAGAAGACAGAGUAGCAUCUGUUUUGCCAGAAGACAGCAGCGAAGAUCCUCAAGAUUCUGUUACACUCUUUGGAAAGAGAUCCUUUAUUUGUUCAGAGUGCGGCAAGAGUUUCUCUUCUCAAAGCAACCUCAAAUCACAUCAGCGUAUUCACACUGGAGAAAAGCCUUUCGGCUGUGUUCUUUGCGGCAAGGCUUUCGCCCACAAACAAAGUUUGUCCGACCACCACCGAGUCCACUCAGGAGAAAAGCCAUUUGUUUGUAAAGUCUGCGGCAAAUGCUUCGGGAAAGCAGCACACCUCAAAACCCACGAAAUAAUCCACACCGGCGAAAAACCGUUCGGCUGCAACGUUUGCGAAAAAAGAUUCAACAUUGCUCAAAAUCUUGCCAGGCACCAACUCACCCACACGGGCGAAAAGGAGUUCCGAUGUUCAAUAUGUCAGAAAAGUUUCACACGGGCCAUAACGCUAAAGACGCAUCAACUUAUCCACACAGGUCAGAAACCGUACUCCUGCGUGUCUUGCGGGAAGGCGUUUCGGCACGCCGUCAAUCUUAAAAACCAUGAGCGCAUCCACACGGACCAGCGGCCUUUUAGUUGUGACCUAUGUGGCAAGACCUUCAGGCAAGCUGUAAAUCUGAAAAUCCACAAACGGAUUCACACGGGUGAAAAACCUUUCAGCUGCAAGGAGUGUGGGAAGAGCUUUAGUCAGCAGAGUAGCCUCAUUUCACACGGCCGCACUCACUCUGGAGAAAAACCCUUUGGCUGCAAUUACUGCGAUAAGUGGUUUAACAAUACGAACAGUCUAAAGUUGCACCAGAGGGUCCAUACUGGUGAGAGGCCGUACAAUUGUGAGUAUUGUGGCAAGUGUUUCAGUCAAGGUAGUCACCUGCGUACUCACAAACGCCACGUUCAUGGAGGGGGGAAGCAGUACAUCUGCGAUAAAUGCGGAAAGAGGUAUGCAGAUCCCCGGAAUCUGAAAUUGCACAAAUGCGUUUAUGCAUAAAUGUGGUGUUGUAGAUGAUCACAAAUGAAUUACUCGCCCUCAGGCCAUCCAAGAUGUAGAGGAGUUUGUUUCUUCAUCAGAACAGAU